AUGGGCGACUUCCGGGCAACCGUCGACCUGGCAGAAAGUGUACGGGCUCUUCCGCUGCCCUGGAUUGCCGUGCCAGAACUGGUCAUGGGUGGUGGGUCAGAUUUGUUGAGCGGGGGCGGCGGGCUGGAGACCCAUGAUAACGUCCCCCUGUCUAUCACGCAACAAUUGUAUGCCGAAGAGCAGGAGAGACGUGACCGGAAAUCAGGCAAAGGACCCGGGGUCCCUAGCGGCUCGUCUGCCGUUACUAUCAAUACCCUGCCUAGCCACGUCUGGGACUCGUCGCUGGACGACGAUCUGAAAAUUGAGGGCCUUCGCGAUGUCGCGGUAAGGGAAUUUCCCCACUGGCUGCAGGCUCAGUACCGGGGUCCCUCAUACCAGGAAGAAGUUCGAAAGGCCGAGAAGGCUAUAUUAGAUGAGAGAUUUGGGCUCCUGCAAGCAUAUAGAGGCCGCAAUUCGGAUUUCCUAGCCAGUAAAGGGGUGAAUCAAGGCGUUACUGACAGUUUUAUGAACGACAUUCCGAGUUGGAAUAAGCGUCGGAAAACAAAUCAGUCAGGAACUGAAAGUGGCUCGGUCAACGAGCAAUUUGAGACUAGCGGUUCGCCUGGCAUCAUGUAA